AUGGAGUGGAUUGAUAACAUGAAAGAGUUGAUUCAACGCCUGGAAGAUUUGAAACUAUUAACAACGGAUGCUCAACUACACAAGGCUGAUGAAAUAUGGGGCAGACUGCUUGUAUUGAUACUGAAGUUGAGAAAACAGAAUUACACGCCUCGCUUACAGAGUAUUGGACUGGAAGAUAUCACAGUCAAGUAUUUGGAGUAUAAUCGACCCAGUUUACAGGCGAUAAAAACAUGUAAAAAGCUGUACAAAUAUAACCGCUGGAGUCAAGAGGAUGGAUUUGACAUCAAGCCAAUGGUCGAGAUUAUUGUUCACGAGUCCAAUCAAGAAGUGCUCAGAUUGGCAAUUGACCUGUUCUUGCAAGUUUGUCAUGGUAUUGACGAUGAAAAUUUUGGCAUCGUGGUAUUAGGAUUUGUUUCACGACUGGAAUCAUCCGAUGGUUCAGUUGCUGUUGGUUUUAUCAAAAAUCUCCAAGCCAUGUAUUGGAAUAUUCAUCGUGAUAACCCAGUAAAAGCAGCGGAAUGUGGCAUCAUUCCAGCAAUAGUCAAUACGCUCAGGAGUGUCGAUCAAGAAGUGGUUGAUCAAAGUAUUGAUGCUAUUCAGAGUUUAUGCGAUAUUAGAAAUUGUGAAGUGAUUUCAGCCGAGUUGAUAAGAUCGGGAUUGAUUCAAACACUGAACGACUUGUGUAUCAGAUACAGCAACAACUCUGAACUAAAAACACGCAUGAUCAAGAUAGCAGGAUCAGUUGCAUCCAAAAUGCACGACUUUCCUGUAUCACUUGUACGAUCGUUGGUUUUUGAGCAAUUGACGAUAUUGAUGUGUGAUGUCGAUAUGUAUGACUAUCUGCGCCUGUUUGGAUAUGUCAACGACAUGAUUCAGAAAUCUACAAACAAGGCCGAGAUGAUCAAGGCGUUCCAAGAAUAUGGAAUUGUGAACCAACUCAACACUAUUUAUUCACGUAGAGAUAUAAAUCUGUAUGGUUAUAAUGGUAUUGUAAACCUACUCAAAACACUUGUUGAUUUUGCCGACAAUCAUUCCGACAGUUCAAUACGUACCGAGUUGGAACAAGGCGGGAUAUUUGAAAAUCUAACGGCUAUUGUAAAAUCGGAUACUACUCACUACAGAAACAAAAAUAUUAUUGGCCAGAUCAUUGAAACGUGUUUCCAGCAUCGGGUUCAUGUUGCUAGUUCGAGCAUUCAGCUAUACGAUGACAAUGCCGAUAUCGAUAUGAAAUCUGGAAUGGCCGGAGAUAAACAUGGAGAUGCACGCACACUUGUCGAAAUGCAGUAUAUCCAGUAUCUGCAAUCAUAUUGUGGAGCAAUGGAGGGUCGACUCACUCGAUCAGAAUAUAUCACCAUCAACAUUUAA